AUGGUGAACUUUUCAGGUAUAGAAGCAGACAAUUCUGUUUAUUUUGGUAAGGAAGCUCUUAAUAGAGUAUCUUUCUUAAGAGAAAAUUCGAGUUUUAUCAAUAAUGCAGUAAAUCAUUCAAGCACUAGAUUUUUAUUCUUUAAGAAUACUGAACCUUUAGUGAUUAAAGAUUGGGAUGAUAAAUUAGUACUUUUAACUAACGGUGAUAACAUUUUAACCAACAAAAUAUCCAAAGGUAUCAAGAAUUUACCUUCUUGGAAUAAAACCAUUGAAAAAUGGUGUGAAAGCAAUGAAACUCAUCAUCAUGAAUUGAGAGAUAAUCAGCAACCAACAAUUUUAUUUUUAGGAAUUGAAGAUGAAAGUGUAGGAAUUGAUUUGUCCAAUGUGGAUCAUUUGAAUCAUGAAAAUAGGUAUAAAGGUAUCCCAUAUUUUGCUGUGGAUUUAACUGAUUCCCCGGAUUUAACUAACGAUAUCCUUAAAUUCUUGAGUGAUAAUAGUGGUAUCGAAGUUGAUAACCAUAUAUUCUUUUCCACUUCUAGAAAACAUCAUCUUGGAUUCAAUAAUACGGAAGCAUCAAUAUUCUCUCAUGGGAAAAUGUACCUUGAUUGGUUAAAUCGUAAUAGAUUUUGUCCAGGUUGUGGAUCAAAAGUAAUUCCAAUUCAUGCUGGAGGUAAAAUCCAAUGUACCAAUGAUAAAGUAUUAUCAGUUGAUGAAACUUCAGGUAAAAAGAAAUAUGAAUGUCCUGUUAAAAAUACUUCAGUAUCGAAUGUUUCAUUCCCUCGAACAGAUGCGGUAGUUAUAACUGCUAUAACCAAUUCUGAUAGGUCAAAAAUCUUAUUGUCAUUAAACAGAAGACACGCUAUGACUAACAUGUACACUUGUACUUCAGGAUUCAUGGAACCCAGUGAAACUGUAGAAGUUGCAACCAAAAGAGAAAUUUGGGAAGAAGUUGGUGUUGUAUGUUCAAAGAUCAAUUUAGUAUCAACUCAACCAUGGCCCUUCCCUGGGAAUUUGAUGAUUGGUUGUAUUGCCGAAGUAGAUUUCAAUGGUGUCAAUGAAAUUAUUGAUUUGGGUCAUGAUAAUGAAAUCAAAGAUGCCAGAUGGUUUGAUACAAAAUUUGUUAAAAAUCUUGUUUAUGAUGAUGGUAAUAAUGUCGAAAACAAUCCUGAAGGAAUUCUCAUCCCAAUGGGUGAAUCCAUUGCUUAUCAAUUAAUCAAAAUGGUGGUUGAUCAAGCAGAUAAAUCUAAAUUAUAG